GUUUCGAGGCGAGAGCCUAUGAAGGAGACGAGUUCCCCAAGCACUGGAACGACUUGGAAAGAAAGACGGCCGCGCAACAGUAUGCCUCGGUCCCUGAGGAGUUCUACAGCCGAACAAAGAGGAAGCCGAUAACUCCGGCGAACUUUGGCUCUUGGUUUUCGAGAACUCGUGGACGAGGGCUACGCUGGCAUAUGCAAGAGCUUUGCUCUGGAUCGGGCCGUUUGAGCCUGGUCGCGGUGCUUUCUGGUUUGCUCGUUGGGUUUCCCGUCGACUACCGGUACGGCUGGGACCUCACGGUGCCAGCACACCAAGCCAUGAUUGCGCAGGCUCGAGAAGAAUUUCUUCCUGCUUACCUGCACGCUUCGCCGAGCAGCACGGCAUGGUCGAACGUCUCCAAGCUCACACCUCUCCGUCAGACCCGGCGGGACAUGGACUCGCCUAUGCUUUCGUUCCUCAAGGGCCUCUUCGUGGAGCAGACACGACAGGAUCUGCGCUUCUGUGUUGAGCAGCCAAUGAACUCAACAAUGUUCCAAGACAAGACGAGCCCCUUGAGUGACUUGUGUGAUCUUCCUGGAGUUAGGAGACGGCAACAAGUUGAUCAAUGCGCCCAUGGCUGUGCUGAUGAACAUGGUGUGCCGAUGAAGAAAGCGACUGUCAUCGUCGGCAACCUCAAGAUGUCAAGGACGACGAAGCGGUGCAAUGGGCACAAAGGAAGAGCUCACUCAGUUCCUCAAGGCUUCGUGAAUGGAGUGAACAAGGCAGCCAAGGCCAUGGUUUACCCAAGACAGAUGUGCAUGGCUAUGGUUGAAGAUGUCUGGAAGUUUGUGAGUGUGAACGGUGCCAACUCGGACGGGCUGCGUUACCUUGGAUGGAGCACUCGCUCAUUCCUGGAGAAUGUCGUCAUGGACGGUGGCCAGCAGGUGGAGGCCUCGCUCUACUUCAAGUACCUGAUGUUCGUUCUGGUGCAAGACACAGUGGCUUUGUUCAGCGAGGCAACGGAGCGGGGCAUUGACUACGUGCACUGGGUCACUGAUCCUGUACACAAGACGAUGUUCCAGGAGAUCUUCCAGAAGGAGUUAGGAGUCAAGGCCAUUGCUUGCGCACUGAGGCUACAGAUUUCUGGUACGGUGAAGAAGUGGAAGGUGCAUGAGCUGGAGGACCUACGACUUCUGAGUCAUUCACAACAACAUCAAAAGAUUGAUGAAGUCGAUUGGCUCAUCACACUGUUCGGCUCUGACCCGGCUGGCACAAUACCAGCAACACCGGCUGGCACAAUACCAUCGACACCGGCUGGCACAAUACCGUCGACACCGGCUGGGGCUAUACCUUCCACACCUUCGAAGGCAAGUCAUCGUCGCAAGGCUCCCGUUGACAGAGCUGAAGAUCUUCCUGCUCCAGCUUCGCAGGACAGAGUCGAGGAGCCGAUAGGUGACGGUGACGAGCAGCCAGAGGAGACCUUUGAAGGCAUAGCCGAGGAGCAGAGACCCUACAAGGUGUCGGUUGUUGGUUGGCUUUUGGAUUGCCGAGACGGUCAACACUUGUGGCGACGAGCCUCCAACAUGUUUCCACAGUAUGAAGACGUGAUGGCAAAAGCCACUUUGGUGGCGAGACACCUGAGUGACCGCCCUUUCGGCGGCAUUGCUUUUGGCCAAGGAGUACGGUAUCUACGACCUCCUCCUCACUCCAUCGGCAUCCUCAUGUUCUGGUCUCUGGGCGCCAAUCAAUAUGCAUCACAAGAACAUUGGAGCUCUACGACGAUCAAGCUCAAAGACCUGGUUCCUUUUGAGGUAGAAAGCCUUUGUUUUGUCUACCUCUACUACUAUCACCACAUGGAGGACGAACCACGGCCAUCAGCAAAGAUCGAGACGGAGAGCUCAACUGCGCCAAUGGAGCUGGAAAGCCUGGAGCCCUCCAUGGACUCCACGGAACUCAUGGAUGUCAAGCGCAAGGGCCCCGAGACACGAACUGUUGUUCUUGGACCAGAGAGCAAACGUCUGAGAACAGAUUUGCUUGUCAUGGCAGCAGUCAACGAGACAGAGCUGGAAGCUGAACGAUACCUACCACAACUGCAUUUUAUGCUUUCAGCUCAGAAUCGAUUCAAGGUUGAUUUUCAGCACCAAUUGAUUUCGGCCUGCAACAUGCCAGUGUAUUCGCUUCUGGAUUCCUGUAUGAUGAAGCAUUACUACGGCAACUUUGAGGGCCGCUUCCACGACCACGGGCGACCUCUAGUGUCAUGGCCUGGCAAGAAGCACGAGAACUUCCUCGUGGAAGGUCAUCCCAUUCUCUUCCGGCGACUUCCUCAACUUCUGGAGUAUGACGAGGACACGAUUCUCGAGUCGGACGACAGCUUGAUCAAGAACUUUGUCAUUUUGGCAGCGGCCAAUGCGAUGAAGAUUUCCAAGCCCCUCCUGGUGGCCUCCGUCAUCGCAUCACAGACGCGACUGGUUGGAGCAUCGUCCACUACAUCAACGACCUCCUCGACUCCAAGUACUACAUCUUCAUGGUGGGACUACGACUUCGUGCUCUUCUGGAUCAUCACGGCGAUCGUCAUCAUUGUUGUUGAACGUGUGAUUGUACAUGGUGGUCAUCACGCCUGGAGCUGGUUUACAAGACUCAUUGCAUCAUGGACGAGUUCCUCGACCUCUUCAGCGACCUCCUCGGCAUCGUCAACAAGAUCUACGAGUACGCAGACGGAGUAUGUCGGCAUCUACACGUUGGUCCAAGAACGCCGACUCAAGAACGAACUGGAGGCGGCCAACAAGCAGCUAGAGCUGUACCGCGGCAACGUCGCCACUUCUGCAGAAAAUGAUCUGAUACGUCGACUACGUGCUACUGAGCACCAGGUGGCAGACCUACAAAGACGCAUCCGCGACCACUUCUCGAGUUGUCCAGCUGGGAAACGACUUUUCUGUGCACAGUACUCCC